AUGUUACUGUCCAUCCAAGUUUCUCUAGUCGUCUAUACUUUAGCUUUACAAGUAUACUCUUAUGGUUUAGAUAUCGAUCUUAAUCAGCCAGCUUCUCCUGCUGAGGAGCCAACAACUGCAGAAAUGAUGAAAUCCACCGAUCAAAGAAACUAUACAAUCAUCAAGGUGUCACAGCCUCCAAAGAAGCAAAAAACGAAAGAGCAACGUUUAUCAAAGAAAAUCAGACAAAAGAAUUGGUAUAACAAAUUAAAAAAGGACCCUAAGAAGUACGAAGUAUUUUUGAAGCAAAAGGCGGAUUACAGAAAAAAUUGGUAUAGCAAUUUUGAUGAAAGCAGAAAGAAGGAAUUCCGAGCUGAGAAACGUAAGGGACAAUUAGCUUACAAGCAGCGUAAACUGGAAAAGGACCCUAAUUUUAAGCCUUUCGAUCGAAGAAAAGAAUUACGAAAACGUGUACGUGAGGGGACUGCAACGAAAGAAGAUUUACAACAGUAUGACGAACUUAAAGCCAAGCAUGCAGCCGGACAAAGGGCAUCGGCACAACGCACGAAAGAGAAGAAGAAAACGGAAAACAUUUACAUUCAAUGA